CCUUUUGCAUUACUACAAAGUGUUGGGGAGAUUAAACCCCUGAACAAAGGGACUUGGUAGACUUUUUCUUCACUUAUAUUUUUAACUUUGCACUGCAUGACAAGAACAUGACAAAUCUAUCAGCAGUUUUAUUUUUUUUCAUGACUGCACAGGUAAGAAAUAACUUUACUUCUGCUGUUAACACUGUAAGUCUAACUAAAGUGUAAGUUUAGUCAACAUCUUGUUUUUUGGUUGUACAUUAUUUACAAGAGAAAAAGAUAUAAAAUACAGGAAACGCUCAGUCACCGUUGGUUAUCUUGAAUGACUCUGGGAUCUUUAAACAAAUCCAUUCUAUCCUCCACUCAGACAUUUGCAGUGAUUGGGGCUCAGAUGUGUCCUCGGCGAUGCCUGUGUCCUGCCGAGGUUCCAGUGUGUCUCUCUGGGGUGCCCCUGGUCCUGGAUGACUGUGCCUGCUGUCUGGUUUGUGCAGGUCAAAAAGGCCAAGCAUGCUCAGAGAUGAAACCCUGUGACACAAUUAAAGGGCUGCAGUGUGAUUACUCAGUGGAUGUUCACAAGAGAACUGGAAUCUGUGCGGUCAGUGUGGGCAAUGUGUGCGUUUUGGAGGGUUUAGUCUAUCAGCAUGGCCAGAUCUUCUUCCCAAGCUGUAAAUACCAGUGUGUUUGCCAGAAUGGUCAGAUAGCCUGCAUUCCUCGCUGCAACCUGGAUGUUAUGCUUCCUGGGCCCGAUUGUCCAAUCCCACGCAAGGUCCAGGUUCCUGGAGAAUGCUGUGAGAAGUGGGUGUGUGAGCCCCAGACUGAAGCAAGUGCACUGGGUGGCUUUGCCAUGGCCGCCUUUCGUCAAGAAGAAACUGUAGGUUUUGGAAGAUGGGACCCCAGGCUGAACUGCAUUGAGCAGACCACAGAGUGGGGGGCCUGCUCUGAAACAUGUGGCAUGGGGGUCUCCACCAGGGUCACAAACAAGAACAACCGCUGUGAGAUGGUGAAACAGAGUCGGCUGUGUAUGAUUAGAUCCUGUGAAGACCUGCAGGGACAAUUGACUCAGGUUGCACUAAUGGUAAGAUUCAUUCAAUGCCAGAGGGUUGUGAGGAGCGACAAAGCUGUUCACCUUGAGCAUAAGAACUGCACCAGUGUUCUGGCCUACAAGCCUCGCUACUGCGGCACCUGCACAGAUGGACGCUGCUGCACCCCCCACAGAACCAAGACCACUCUGGUGAAGUUCCAGUGUUCCAACAACACAAUCACCCGCAAGCCAGUCAUGGCAAUCCUAACCUGUGUCUGCCACACCCAUUGCCCUAGAGACAAUGCUGCAUGGGAGCCAUCGCUGCUCCUAUACGGUGGCAUGACAGGAAGAUGA